ACUCACUCAUUCCACAUACAUGAAUGACAACAGAAGGUGAUACAUAGUUUUGAAAUAUAAAUACAAAAUAUUAUGUCAGAUAUGCAGGACUCACUGCUGCUGGGCUUAGAGGGCAUCAAGAAGACCAUCCAGCAUGGAGGAACUGGAGAACUCCCAAAGUUCAUCACUGGUGCAAAGGUGACGUUUCACUUCCGCACCAUGCUGUGUGACGAUGAGCGCACCGUGAUCGAUGACAGUAAAGUGGUGGGCACCCCCAUGGAGAUCGUCAUUGGCAACAUGUUCAAACUGGACAUCUGGGAGACUCUGCUGGCCUCCAUGAGGAUCGGUGAGGUGGCAGAGUUCUGGUGUGACACCAUUCACACUGGCGUUUAUCCUCUAGUGUCCAAGAGCAUGAGGCGCAUCGCAGACGGCAAAGACCCAGUGGACUGGCACAUCCGUACAUGCGGCAUGGCCAACAUGUUUGCCUACCACAGCCUCGGAUACGAAGACCUGGAUGAACUGAUGAAGGAGCCUAAGCCGCUCCUCUUCGUUCUAGAGCUGAUCCAGGUGCUGCAGCCCAGUGAGUACAACAGAGAGUCGUGGGCUCUGAGUGACGAGGAGAGGCUGAAGGUGGUGCCCGUGCUGCACGGUCAGGGCAACAAGCUCUACAAGCAGGGCCGCUACCAAGACGCCACUAUGAAAUACAAGGAAGCCAUCAUCUGCAUCAAGAACGUCCAAACAAAGGAGAAAGCAUGGGAGGCUCCAUGGCUGAAGCUGGAGAAGAUGGCCCACACCUUAACGCUCAACUACUGCCAGUGUCUUCUACGCAUGGAGGAGUACUAUGAGGUCAUAGAGCACACAAGUGACAUCAUCAACCAGCACCCAGGGGUAACAAAGGCCUUCUACCUGCGUGGAAAAGCCCACGUGGAGGUGUGGAACGAGGCCGAGGCCCGGCAGGACUUCAGCAAGGUGCUGGAUCUGGAACCUGGCAUGAAAAAGAUGGUGAAGAAGGAACUGGCGGUGUUGAACAUGCGGAUGGAGGAGAAGAACCAGGAGGACAGGGUCAAAUACAAGGGCAUGUUUUGAGCUAAAUAUUCAUUUUUGUAACUAGUACUGGAUCUAUCCAACCAUGUGGGGUACAUUUCUUUCUAUUUUAGAUAUUGAACCUUGCCCUUUUCCCCCACAAGGUGGCACUGAAUCCACAUGUACUGUCUUGUCUCAGCAGGGAUUCUGCAGUUGAGUAAUAAAUCCAAGCUGCAGCACAACUUCCAGACUCCUGAGGCUCGUAAAAGGAAAUCAUGUGAGAUGUAGCUACUGUUUGUCUGGCUACAUUUGGUCUUCUGUUUCGGAGACCUGCAUGGGCAAACUGCGGCCUGCGGGCCACAUCGGGCUCGCCAAAAGCAUUUUAAUCCGGCCUACUUAAUGUUUACCAAAAGUUUGUACAAAAAGGCCAUCCAAACACAACACAUGAACAAAGUGGUACUACACCAUAUGGGAAUACAAAUAUUUACACCAAUAGAAUGUACCAUGCCAAAAAAUAUAGUCCUAGCUUGUGGUACUCUCUUACAUGUUUGAGUGAUUGCAAAAUACGUUGAGGAAGUUGUGAAGAGACGUAAAUAAGGAGGAGUAAACAUACUCUUGAUUGCCAAUGUUGUAUUGUUCAUAGUUCAAAUUGUUACCCAGCAUGACUUGCGUCCAUUUGGAAAUAACAGUUUUAAGUUACAUGUUAUGUUUAGCGAGGUGCAUUCCUACAAUACGGCAAACCCCAAUAACGUCAUAUUAAAAGAUGAUCUUUGUCGCUUACAUUGAGGGAACCCCCACUGAGCAGCCCGUAAUGCAGAGAAGCAUCACUCAAGGAAAUGGGGCUCACUCUAAUGCAGAAGUCUA